UUAAAUGACACCAUUUUGACCACGUUACCUGACGCUUGAUGUUUUUCCUGUUGCUAAAUACCUUGGAGAAGUUCGAGCUUCAAACACCGAGGCAGCGACACAAAAAGUUCAAAUGGGGUGGGGGUUUAAAAGAAGACGGAGGGGGAUCUGAAAGUGUAAACAAAUCUGAUCGUAACUGUUGCACACAGGCGCAUCCAAAAACCCUCUUUUUCUUGGCAUUCUGCGUUUUACUCUUCGUUUGUUUUACAUGAGCCAACUUUUUCUAUAGAUACGUUUCGAUUCCAAACUUUGGGCGACAUGGACGCGCACCGCGGCGCGCCUCCGGCGGGGCAGCAGAUCGUGCACGUCCGCGGGGACUCCAAGACGGAACUGGAGGCCCUCUUCAACGCCGUGAUGAACCCCAGCAAGGCGACCAGGCAGCAGUCCGUGCCCAUGAGGAUGAGGAAGUUUCCGGACUCUUUCUUCAAGCCUCCGGAGCCCAGGGGCCACUCCAGACAAGCCAGUUCAGACGGAGGCGUGUGCGGCUCCCUCGCCCCUCAUCACGUCCGCGCUCAUUCCUCCCCGGCCUCCCUCCCAGUCAACUCCCUCUCUGCUCAAGCAGACGCAGAUGCAGCGACCACACCAAUCAUACCCGAUGAUGUGCCACUCCCCGAGGGUUGGGAGAUGGCCAAGACGUCCACUGGCCAACGUUACUUCAUCAACCACGUGCACAGGACCACCACAUGGCAGGACCCCCGCCUCUCGCAGCUUCAGUCAGCUGCAGCCCAGCAUCAGAUCGCCUGCACCCCAAGCCACGCCCACUCCUUCAGCAACCCAGCCCCCACUACGCAACCAAAAAAUAUUAUUCCUGAGACAGGUCCACUGCCUGAAGGCUGGGAGCAGGCUGUGACUGCAGAUGGAGAGAUGUACUACAUUGAUCACAUAAAUCAGGCCACCACAUGGGACGACCCGCGUCUAGCCCCAAAGGUGAAUCCAGCCAUUCUCACUUUGGCAAUGCAGCAAAGACUUGAAAAGCUCAGACUGAAGCAGGGCAUCCCUCCACAAUUUGUCCCACAGGUGCAGGAGGCGGGAGGGAGCAACCAGAUGCCCGGUGGGAUGGACCAUGACAGAAGCACACAGAUGCUUGUCCCAUCAGUGGAUAUCAGGAUCAGGGCCCUAAACCAAGAGCCUAACCUUAAUGGGGCUCACUCUCGCAAUGAAAGCACUGACAGUGGUCUGAGUGUCAGCAGCUUAUCACGCACGUCGGACCACAUGUUGAGCUCUGUGGAUCACAUGGACACUGGUGACUCAAGUGACCCUCCAUCAAUGGGCCUGCAAGAGUCGAUGCCUGUGCUGCCGAUAAAUGAGGACCUGAUGCCCGGCAUCCCCGACAGUUUGACUUCAGACAUGUUGAUGGAAAUGGACACAGUUCUCUCCGGGCCGCACAUGGACAGGGACAGCCUUCUCACCUGGCUAUAGACGCAAGCAGCAGCCGCCGUCCGUUUGAGUGUGGUUUGAAAUCAAGCUUUUGUAGCAUGACUGAGAGUUCUGGAAAAUUUGAUUUGAAUUUAAAAGUGGUACAGAACAGCUACUCAGAGAGAAUUUGCUACAGAUAUAUGUGAUGGAUAUCUACUUACAGAAUUCACUUCCUGCCGUGUGAAAAAACAAAUGACUCUCACAAAAGCUGGAGCUUUUCUCUUUUCGGGUCUGGUUUUGCAAGUGCUCCUCUUCUUUUCAUCCUGGUCCUCCAUCCAAAGUCACACUUGCCUUAAGUGAGAGUCAAGUGUUCUUCGUUCAUUGGUUUGAACACACAAGCCUGUCAGAAAAGCAUUAAUGUAACAUAAAUAUUUUAUUUAAUAAAAUAAUAAAACAUAACAAAAAGGUUUUAAGCUCCUAAAUUAGCCAAGUGAAUUGUGAAAGUUAAAAAUAGCAUUUCAUGCUUCUACCUCUGAGCAACUUGUGAUUUUAUUACAUGUACUCAGAGUUUUAUUUUAAAAACAACUUUCAACAACAUUUUUGGCGUAAAGUGAGCAAAGAAUCAAAGGGUUUUUUAGGUAAAAUGUACGCUAGUUUCAAAAUCUCAGGGUAUUUCUUAUUAAAACGGAGGGAAUGGUGCCCUCUUGUGGUGAGUCAGAAAAUAACAUUUCCUCCCUAAACCCACAUCAGUUGCGCAAGCCGAUCUCUCUGCCUGAAUCAAGAAAUCCAGCCGAUUCUGAAGAAUACUGCCAAUAUAUUAGUUUUGAACAUUAAAUAUGUCCUUUUAAAACUUUGAGACUUCAAUAUAUAAGCAAAUGAGCACAUGAUCAGGGUGAGGUCCAACUUAAUGCAGGAUUUCCACAGAAAACUGUAAGGACGAUUCAUCAGUUUCUUGUUUUGUGUUUCUUUUUGAUUCUUAGAUUUUCUUUUCUCAUUAAUGAUUUGAAAAAAACUUUCAAUAAAAUCAUAUUGAUAUUGGCCAACAAUAUUUGGGUAAUUUUAAAACUUAGUAUUUUUUGUUUUGUUUAUUCAAGUAUUUUUAUUGUAGACUUCUAUUCCAUGCACUGAACAUGAGCUUCACAUGUUCAAUGCUGGGAUUUCUAAUGAACUCCACUGAUAGUUGUUUCAUUUUCAUUCUGACAAACUCUUGCUUUAGAAAAAAAAUCAGCUCUGGUUGCCGUCUGACCUGGGAAAUAUAUGAGGAAUGACAUUCACAGCUUUAAGAUUUAUUCCAUAACAUUUUUAUUGUAAUACUGGAUUGGAGCAUUCCAAGUUCCAUCUUCAGAUUGAGCUGUAUCAAUUCAACGGGUCAAUAUGAAAGACAUUCAAAUAGUGACUCUUUUUUUUCAUUUCAUCAGCUUUAAAAUGUAUAAAAUUAUCACUUUCUCCUUGACUUCCAACAUUUUAGAUGCUAAUUUUUCAUGUAUUUCUGAAAAUCUGUUCCCUAUACUGAAUAUUUCUUGAUCCAGUAUUUCUUUUUGAUUCUGCUUUUCACUCAAAUGUCAUGGAGGUGAAUUUUGUUGAUGUCAAAGCAUCAGAAAGUGAGAUUCAAGUGUUUUGUGGAAAGAAAUGUCUAACUGCCUUCAAAUCCCAAACCUUCAUAACUUUUUUAUUUUUUAGAUUUAGCUUUCUAAAUAUCACAUUGAUUUUUUGUGUGACUCUUAUUUGUGUAAAUACAUUUAGAAUUAAAGGAUCCUUUUGAAGUGUUUUUAAACAUGAAGUUGAUGCCGUACAUUUUUGUAAUGCCAUCAAAUCUUCUUUUUUUAAAAAAUGCUUUAUCCCAUGAUUGGUUUUGAGGUUCAAGCUAGCUUAUAGUGGAGAGAAAAUGAUGCCAUUAAGAUGCAACAGUUUGUUUGAUCAUGCAGGUGAAUGCAGUGGUCAAUUUUAUGAUUUAUCCCUUUUUUCUUAUUUUAAACAUGAAAUCAAUUUUGAUAUAUGUUUUUACUAUUCAGCCUGUAUCAAUCCAAAACCCAGAUGUAACAAAUAUUGGUGAGAAUAGUUUUUGUUUUGUUUUUUUUAUUAAACACCUUAAAGAGGUUUGGGAUUCCUGGUAAAGGUGACAUACAAUUUGAAAUGCUGCAUUUUUAGAAUAUUUUAUUCAAACUGCAAACAUCAGGUCCAAGCUUUGGUAAAGGAGGGAGUUUUUAAUUUCCCUUAAGUCAAGCCAUGUGAAAAUUAUAUCUGUUUUUAUCUGCUUGGUUGUUUCUGCAGUGUGUUUAGAGUUGAUCUGAGUAUUAAGCUAUAAAUGACCAGAUAAGACCAUUGUUCCUGACCGACUUCUUUGUUUAAUGUAUAUGCAGUUCUAUAGCUGAAGACUUCAUUCUGAAAAUCCCACAUAAGUAGCCGGUCUUGUUUUAGCAGCUCUCAUUUAAAGUGCCGAACAGCUUAACAAGUGAUUUAUUGCACAUCAUCAAACACACUACCAAGUCUAUUAUUUAUCUUGGCAUGCAUGACACUUACUAUGUUCUGUAUGUUACGUAUAACAACAUUUAUUGUACUAUUUACAAAGAGUUCUGAGUUUUUUUUUUUCUUUCUUGUUUAUUUUUGCAUGAUUAAUAUAAUUAUAAUCAAAUUAAAGAAGUUUCUGUUUAAUAAACUUUUAAAUUACACCUGGA